AUGUGCACUUGCUUACAUGUGGUGCUGCUGAGCGGCAGAAGUGCCGCGAUCCGUGUGGUGGCCGACACGACUGUCAAGGAAGUGCAGUCACGUGCAGAGACUAUCUUCAGUACUGGCAUCAGUCAAUUGAUCGAUGCGGCUGGCCAGACCCUGUCGCGUGCCAGUACGAUAAGAGAAGCUGGGCUGCAAGAUGGGGACUCACUGAAUGCUGUUGCACGGUGGCCGGAGAUUGCCUCCACUGCCCCCGCUUUCGCCCUCCGUCGUGCAGAUGGCUCUGUGGUGACCUGGGGCCACAAGGCCCUCCAAAGCUCCUGUGCAGCUUUCGUGGCGCUCCGAACGGAUGGAUCCGUGGUGUGCUGGGGUGCAGAAGAUGUUGGAGGCAAUUGUAGCACAGUUCAGAAGAAGCUGACGAACGUGCGACAGAUUCAGUCUUCCACGGCAGCGUUCGCAGCCCUGCGGGCUGACGGAUCUGUGGUAACUUGGGGGGCACCUGAUUGUGGUGGUGAAAGUGAAGCUGCACAAGAUCGAUUGCGGAAUGUGAAAAGCAUCGUCGGGAGUGGCUAUGCUUUCGCUGCAAUCCGCAAGGAUGAGUCGGUGGUCACCUGGGGGAAUGUGGCAGAUGGAGGUGACAGUUCUGCCGUGCAGGAGAAGCUGAAGUCGGUGAAGCACAUCGCAUCCACCGACUCGGCCUUUGCAGCACUUUUGGCGGACGGUUCCGUGGUUACCUGGGGUGCAAGCGGUGCGGGUGGUGACAGUGGCUCUGUCCAAUGUCGGUUGAAGGAUGUGAGAAGCAUUCGAAGCUCAGCUGCUGCCUUUGCAGCCAUCCUGGGCGACAAUUCUGUGGUUACAUGGGGAUGCGGCAACUGCGGCGGAGAUUGCAGCGCUGUCCAGGCCCGGCUGAAGGAUGUAAGGCGGAUUCAAAGCAACGAUGCUGCAUUUGCUGCGAUUCUUGGUGAUGGCUCUGUUGUCACUUGGGGCAGUAUACGGCAUGGCGCAGACAGCAGUGCUGUACAGGACAGGCUCCGACAAGUUCAGCAUAUCCAAGCCUCAACAGAAGCCUUUGCUGCUCUUUUGGCAGAUGGAUCCGUGGUGAGCUGGGGAACGGGCGCUUAUGGUGGUGACAGCCGUGCUGUGCAAGAAGAGUUAAAGGCAGUGCAGCACAUUCAGGAAAACGGGUUUGCUUUUGCUGCGCUUCUGGAAAAUGGAUCGGUUGUAACAUGGGGCGAUGCAGAGAAUGGCGGUGACAGCAGCGCUGUGCAACAGCAGCUUUCGCUCACUGCAUGGGACACGCAGAUGCCAUCGCUAAGAAAGCGACGGCGAAUCUACGGGAAACAGCCCGCAACAGCCUGCAACACGCCGGCUGGCAGGUGA